UAGUCGACCUGCGAGCACACGUUCACUGCAUUAGGACUAAUUAGCUGGCUAGCACACUUAUUAACUAUGGCCUUUUAGUGCAGCCAGGGGUUAUCACUGUGACAUUUUCCCCACAGACUGUCAGCUCACAUCAUGGCGUUUUCCCUGAGAAACGAUCCCCGCAGGCCGGAGAGCCCGGACUCCGAGUCUCCGGCCCUGUCCACCUGCAGCAAUGCAAACCUCUUCCGCAGAAUAAACACCAUGCUGGGCAACGCGCUGGACUUCACCGGUGUGUGCACCACACCCAACAACUCCAAGGCAAAGUCAGACCUGCAGUAUGAGUCGGAGCUGUCUGCAAUGGGCAGCAGGACAAUGUUCUCCAACUGUGGCGGCAUGCCCAGCUCCCAGGAUAGGCCUUCAUCCAGGGGCUCACCGGGUGUCACAGACUUGGGCCUGGGCCUCCAGUCUCUCCGUCUGUCAAGCUGGGACAGAACCUGGAGCAGCCAGGAGACGGACACGUAUGCCUCCCCUUCUCAGAUUCAGGCCAGCUCAGCCUCUAACAGGAAAUGGUGUAAUUGUCCUGUAUCUACAGUGCGAAGUAUACUAAGCAGUCCCAUCAGCACUGUCCAUGGGAGGCCCUCAGCCUACUUGCCCCCUGAGUCAACAGGCCUGAAUGCUGAUUUCCUGGAGAAGUUCCCCGGCAUGGCUCGCUUGGCAAACCGACUAGACUCAAGCUCCUUUUUGGAUUCUCGCUCCAGCAGUCCUGAGGACUCGGAGACCAGCGGCUUUAGCUCGGGCUCAGACCACCUCUGUGACAUGCUGUCAAAUUUGCGGCUUUCCCCUCCACCGCCUUAUCUCGCAACAAACAUGCAGAAGGAUCUGCUGCGAUUGGGCUCCUGUCUGGACCCCCAAGACUCGAGCACUCCUUUGACUCCACCAUCGAGUGCCAGCCCCACUUCCUCAGCCAUUUCCCGACGCUGGCGUACCAGCUCUCCGUGGCCUGGCGCAAAUGUGCUCGACCAGUCAGAGGAUGCAUUCAGUAUUGAGAGGGAGGCCCGCAUGCACAGGCAGGCUGCAGCUGUGAAUGAGGCCACAUUCACCUGGAGCGGUCAGCUCCCUCCCAGGAACAACAAGGAUCCUUUGUACUCAUGCAAGGUGUUUCUUGGUGGCGUGCCCUGGGACAUCACAGAAGCUGGCCUGAUCAACACCUUUAGUGGCUAUGGCCCUCUGACUGUGGAGUGGCCGGGUAAGGAUGGAAAGCACCCUCGCUGCCCUCCCAAAGGUAAUGUGGCUAAAGGCUAUGUUUAUCUGGUGUUUGAGAAUGAGAAGUCUGUCCGUGCAUUACUCCAUGCCUGCUCCCAGGACCCGUUUCACCCCGAGGACAACAGGGAGUACUACUUCAAGAUGUCCAGUCGCAGAAUGCGAUGCAAGGAUGUGCAGGUCAUCCCUUGGGUAAUCUCUGACAGUAACUAUGUGCGCUGCCCUGCCCAGCGUUUGGACCCCAGUAAGACGGUGUUUGUUGGAGCACUGCAUGGCAUGCUGAAUGCUGAGGCGCUGGCUAGCAUCAUGAAUGACCUGUUUGGAGGGGUCAUGUAUGCUGGCAUUGACACGGACAAGCACAAGUACCCCAUAGGCUCUGGACGUGUUACUUUCAACAACCAGCGCAGUUAUCUGAAGGCUGUGUGUGCAGCAUUUGUGGAGAUUAAAACCCCCAAGUUUACAAAGAAGGUCCAGAUUGACCCCUACCUGGAAGACUCCAUGUGUCAAGUUUGCCUUCGCCAGCCUGGGCCUUUCUUCUGUCGAGACCAGGCCUGCUUCAAGUACUACUGCCGCUCCUGCUGGCACUGGCAGCACUCCAUGGACAUCCUGAGCAACCACCGGCCCCUCAUGCGCAACCAGAAGAACAGGGACUCCAGCUAGAGCAGAUGAUUCAAUCCCUCUGAGGGGCCAGAGGAAGAGCCCUUCUCCAUGGGGCGAGGCUGCCCGCCAAGGAGAGCCCGUGUGCCAGGUGUCUUCAGUGUGAGGGCAUCAUGGUGCUCACCAGGAACUGGGGAUAUCACUGUAGAAAAUGUUCACUUUUGCACCUGCUAGGUUUUUGCUGUUCACAGUAGCACUAUGCACAGUGACCGUAUUGGGAGAGACAAGGGGCCCUUUACAGUUAUGCAUUUUCCCAGGCUCAUGGCCAGAGAUGGGAGUCAGCCCAAGGCUAAGAAGUGGAUGAAAAUACCCUUUUUUUUUUAUUUUUAUUUUUUUUUGUUUACCUGUUGCAUAGUGAAGAGCAGUCAUGCAAGUCUCAUUGCUGUUGAUUGGCAAAUGCCAUACAGUGCCUUUAAAUUUUUAUUUUUUUCCCCCCUCCCUUACCCCCAGUUGGCAUCUGUUUUUUCCUGUGCAAGCCAACUGGUGUUUCUUACUUUUGGGAGUUGAAUGUUGGCUUCAUUUAACCGGUCGCAUUUCAGACAUUUUUACGCAGUUUUUUACUAAUUUGUACACAGACGGUUUUAAGUCAUGACAUGACAGUUUUGAACAGAAUUCUACCAGGCGGCUGUUUAUGGGAAAUCCCCUUUUAUUUUUUCCUUGUCCUAAUACAUUUUUUUUUUUUAUUUGCCCCUACUCCCUCUAAAUCAACUGAAUGGGCACAAAAUGUUGGAAUUACUACUUCAACUUGCUUUGUUGGUCCAGUGAUAUUAAAUGUAAAUCAGUACUGGAUGUGCCUCAACUUGUAAUCCAUCUUUUCUCAAGCAUCUGGAUCCUGUUGAGACUCGAACAUGUGAUUGCACUUUUUUUUUUUUUUUGCACUUUUUAAUUUGCACGUGUGGAGAGGUGGCAGUGUUUUUUUUUUUUUUAAUCACUUUUGUACAUCAGUGGGGGACAUGCCUAUGUUAGAACAGCUGCUUGUUUCCUGUUGAAUGUAAGAACUUCCACUUAGCUGGUGAUAAACUAAUCUAUCCAGUGCUUGAGUAGACCCAUUUAAUAAUUCCAUGCUUAUCCAGUUUUGCCUUCCUGUUCCAGUUGGACAUAAAUGCAUAAUAUGCUGUGUGCCAAAGAUGUCUUUUCUUUAUCCAUUGUCUGUCAUGCUGAGCUUGUUGUCCCUUAGCCCAGCUGCUUUUUAAGAGUUUUGAAAGUCUACCUCAUUGUGGUCUGCCAAGUUUGCUGCUACUUAACAGUUGUGGAGUAUGUUCAGAUUGGGCACAAUAAAGGUGUUUAAGCAUUA